UGCGUGGGUGUCUUAAAGUCCGAUAAAAAUCUAGCAAUAGACGGAAGAUCCUUCGUAUUUGUUGAAGGCCAAAUAUCACAAACAUUAAGUAAUCUAAAAGCUGGACAUUUAUUCCGUGUUACUUUUGUAACCGCUCAUCCACCCAUACUUGGGGCUGUUUUAGCUAAUAAAGAAGGAUAUGUAGAAAUUGGAGAUAAAAGACACGUCUUCAUGGUCUACACAAAGCAUGACAAACACGGUAGUUCCUCUAAAGAAUUAAACUGGCAUCACCACACAUUCUAUUUCCGUGCCUCUACUUUCGAAGAAACAAUUAGUAUUGGAAGUAUGACUGGUCAUACCGGCAUUUUGUUCGAUGAUUUGAAAGUUCAGAGGACCAUCUUUCAUCAUCACAGUGAUGAAAAUGAAAAUGGCAAACAUAUUCACGCACAUGUGGUUGCCUUGCAUCAAUGGUCGUCGAUUCAUGCAUCUUGGAAUUUUGUUGAUCUAGAGAGUCCGAUCAUAGAUUACAUGUGGGCUAUUGGCUAUACAGAGGGAAGCACAGAAGUCCAAGGAUUCACAAGUGUCGGUCUGAAUAAUUUUGCUUACAACUACAACGUCAGCUUAGCCCAUACGUCAGUUAUUCAUAUCACUGUCAUCGCUACAAAUGCUGCAGGAUUGAGACAUGAGGUGCAUGCCGAAGACUUGCUUGUUGACCUAACGCCACCGUAUAUAGAUUUUAUAAAUGAUGGAAUAUGAUCUGACAUCGACGCACAAACUACCGAUGAAGUAUCUGCUAAUUGGGAGGUACAUGACUCUGAAUCUGGUAUUGAUGUCUGUGAAUGGGCAGUCGGUUACCAACCGUUUGGCAAUGAAAUCCAAACAUUCCAAGAAUUAGUUAUAGGAGUAAAUAGGGUAUCAAAAGUGUUUCCCAGCAGCCAAAUAUCAAUGCAAAUGGUCCACGUGACCUUACGAUGUAGAAGUAAAGCCGGAUUGAUGUCUUCCAAGUCUACAAACGGUGUUAAAAUAUCAAAUCUUCCACCAAAUACAACGACUGCUGAAGUAGAAAUUCUACCUCAUACAUUAACAGAGUAUAACCCUAGACAUCAUUAUCAGGGUGAUACAUCAUAUGUAAGAGUAAAAUGGACAGGAUUUGAGGAUAUGACAGGUGUCGAUUCCUACCUUCUUACUUUUCACAGCCAAGAUAAGACAACUGUGAUUUCUAAAUCAAUAAUCGCCGAGGAGCAAGAUACCUCCUUUUGUGUGUUAAAAGGACUAGAUCUUAGGACUGGAAACUUUACCACUAGUAUAAAAGCUGUAAACAAAAUGUAUCUUAGGAGCGAACCUGUGUCUUCAAAUGUCGUAGUUUCAUCAAAAGUUCCUGCAUUGAUAGAGAACCCGCACUUACAACUGGUUUUAGAUAACCGUACAAUAAAGUGGGAAGAUCACUUUAAAGUUCAUCAACCUUUAUAUUAUGAGGUGUCAGCAGGAACAACGCUAGGUGGCGCUGAUAUUAUACAGUGGCAAGAAACAAAGAACACAUUCCUAGAAUUCCAACUUCCUCAAAAGAUCAAAUCACUGAGAGAUUUGACUGGAUAUAUAUCUGUCCGAUGUGUUUCAGCAAAUGGAAUGACAUCAGUGUUAAAUGCUGCUGUCAAAUUAUAA